AUGGAGACUCGGAAACCCACCACCAGAACGGUCGCUCAGAGAAGGGUGUACGGGAAACGGAAGAACAAUGCGCCCAGGGCAGUCUUUGACCAGAAGAGCCCAGCGAGGGAGACAUGCAAGGCUGUUGAUGUGACCGUCGAGGCCAUCCAAUCCAAGCUAGCUGAAAUAACCAUCAACGAGGAGCCAGUAUCUGCAGCGCAAGAGGUAGAGAUACCGCUGAACGGAGGGCUAGCAACAGAAGACCAGGACGAGGAUUUAAAAAUUCAGUAUUCCGACGACACACCAUCUACAACCGCUGAUCGCCAGUACACGGCCCCGUCCAUGGAUAUUCCGACCGAGCAGCCCGCCGAAAAGACAUCAGAGAUGAAGCGAUAUGAGGAAAUGGUGGAGGUCCGGAUUUCCUCCGAAGAAGCGCGCGCGCAAAGAACACCCAAAAAGGCAGCACCCAAACCCAACAAUCCUACCCCGGAAAAUCGACCUACGAAGAAGACCUCUGCGGGACGGAGAUCAUCCGGACUCAUCCACGACCCCAAAACCAACGCCUACGUUCGCCCAAUCCUUAACGAAGCCCUAUCCCCAAUCGCAUCGCAAAGCAUUCAAAAGUUCGGCUCGUGGGCUUCCAAAUCAACGAAGAUGUUUCACGUCGCAAAGUUAGCCGAGGGAUCCUACGGCGAAGUCUACAAAUUGCAUUUGCGCGAGGAGGGUGAGCGACCGGUGGUCUCAAAAUCAAAAUUGGCAAAACUGCGAGCAUAUGGAGAUGGUGUCUUCAAGGUUGUCCCCUUGAACGCGCCGCGAGGACCCGGCUCGAAGAAAUUCACUUCCAUCGAGGAAAUUGCUUCCGAGGCAAAGAUGCUGAAAUACCUUGAUCCAAUCCCUGGGUUUGCGCGCUUCAGAGAGAUUCAUGUUGUGCAGGGUCGAUUCCCCGAGAGCUUCCAGAAGGCGUGGGAUCAUUAUAAGGAGACGAAGGACGACUGCUUGAAUCCUGAUCCCUCUAGUAGGAAAUCAUAUGCGGAUACGCAGUUGUGGGCGAUUGUGGAGAUGGAUGAUGCUGGUUGUGAAUUGGAGAAAUUCUCUUGGUCUUCGAUCUUCCAAAUAUAUGAUAUCUUUUGGGGGGUCGCUAUGGCUCUUGCCCGUGCCGAGGAAUAUGCGAUGUUUGAGCAUCGCGAUCUCCAUCUUGGAAAUGUAUGUAUUCGGUCAACUAGGCCAGAUGCUUCCAUGGACCCUCCCUCGGAUCUGGAUGCUAUGCGACAGUCUUCUCCCAGUGGUUUCGGCACGAGCUCUAUCGAUACUACCAUCAUCGACUACUCGCUCUCGCGUGCCGAUCUCCGCUUGGCUGAUCUGCCUGAUGACCCUGAAGGUGUGAUGGAAAUUGCUUCUUCGGACUUGGAUAAGAAGAAAAUUUUCGACGCGGUCGGUGAAGACGAGGAUGAGAUUCUGCUGCGAGAUACGUACAGAUACAUGCGCGCAACAGUCUACACGGGAGACCCCUCGCAAACAGAAAAGAUCAAAGAUGUCCCCGGGAUUUGGGCAGAGUAUGUGCCUCGGACGAACUUGGUCUGGCUACUCUUUCUCCUCAAGAAUCUUCUCAAGAACCGCAAGCCGGAGGCUGUAGCACCUGUACCUCCUACCCAGCCUCAGCGGCAAGCACUUGCGCCUUGCUCUCCUAACCGGAAGACAACCAGUCGAACACCGGACAAAGCCAAGUCAGCUAAGAUACAAGAGCACGCUGGUACCGGUGCUCUUAUUAAGGAGCACCAGAGCAAGGGCUUGCAGAGCAAAAUCGCAAAGCUCAAGCAGGUGCUAGAAGGUCGAAUGGAAACGGUCCUUGAUCUUCUCGACCUGGAACAUGGACAUGAGGAUAUGUGCUGUGCGGCGGAUCUUGUCGCUUAUGCCAUGGAUUCGCAAUGGCUAGUCGAGCAGGACUUUUUCUAG